ACGAAGACACGGGGUCAGCAACUCACAAUAGUGCACAACGCACGCACAAUAGCAGACGAGCAACAACACAGGGCAGCAACGGUGGUGCAACGGUGGUGCCCGUUCGUGGAAGCAAGUGAAAGAAAAAUCUGCCAGUGCGACAAGUGCCGUUUUCAUCUGCUGGUCUGCUGGAAAAGAAAGAAAAAGCAAUCGUCCCGAGUGUCGGUGCAUCAUCAUCAUCACCCUCGAAAAAAGAGAAAGCAUCCCACAGCAGCGGCAGUUGCGUCUGUUUCUCUGUGUGCGGCAGCGGAUAAUACACUCCGUGGCAAAUUCGGUGCAUUCCAUCUGCAAGCGUGCACCCCGUCACCGUGCCUCGCGCUGGUGACUGUGUACAAGUGUGUGUGUUAGUGUGUGCGUUUCAAAAAUCCAUUCGUCGCCGCGUCUCCUAAAAAUCAGCUGUGCUGCUGCUGCGGUGUUGAUCGCGUACGCGCGCCAGCACACUUUGCGCCUAUCCAAUUCGCGAUCGCGUAUCCGCCGCCCCGUACACACCAUUCCCUUUUCUCAAACUUCCCCGUCGCGUAGCGUGUUUGUGUCACUUACCUGUGCGCUGUCUUUGCGCAUGCAAGUGUGAGUGUGUUUGUGAGUGUGCGUGUUGUGUAAAGGAGCCACUGCUGGAUGUUAUUAUGGUUAGUCAUCGUCGAUCGGAUCGUCUCGCUGUACGGGCAAAGGUGUACCGCUAAAAGUGUGGGGGGUUUGUGCGUACAGCUGAUGUUGCUGCACUGGGUAGUGCUCUAGUGGUUGUGUGAGCUACUGGCCACCGUAUACGCAUGUGUGGCUGUGUGUGAGAUGCUCAACGGAAGGUAUCAACUUCCAAACGUGGCCGGCCGCUGCUGAUCGCGAAUCGGAAAGAGAGGAGGGGCUCCGUGGUUUCGCGAUCGCGUACACUCACGACCUGCAAAAUACCAGCGCCACCACCUCCACCUAAGAGAGGAAGCAGCACCUCUGUGCGUUCGUGUGUGUACGUGUGUGUGUGUGCGUGUAUAGGACGGGGGGGUUUGAUCCGUUUGAUGCACAAGAAGAAUCAGUGAAGCGGUUGUUAUCGUCAGCCGGGUGGAAGAAGGGGAAAAGGCCACGCGAGAAAGGAGCGGUACGCGCACGCUGUUGUUGCGUUCAGCCCGAACGCAGGUUUGGCCGCCGCGUGGCAGCGAACGAGUUUCACCCGUGAGCCUCGAGGUGACGCGGGCCAACACCAUAUACCCACCCCGAAGUGUGUGGUACAAGCGAAGCAGGAAGCUGAUUGCCAGACAGCAACAGCAACUAAAAAGGCUUUCGAUUGCGAAGAAGGAAACGCUCCAUCUGACGCCAACCGAUACGAGUAAGCUUCACAAAGACGCCAAAGUGUACUUGUCAUCUCUACUCAAACAAAUAGCACCGAAACACCACCAUCGGACACUUCGCGACAGGAUAGAGAGCCCACCAGCGGGAGCGAUUGAAACCCUAUAAUACAAUCGACAAGGCGCACACGUCGUCACCAUCAUAACCCGAAGAAAACACAAUCGUCAAACACAUCGUCACCUGAAACGCCCAACCACCACAUCCCAACGAUCACCACCAUCAACCGCAACGACACCCAACGAACGACCGGCGCCCAGAUAUUCGAAAGAGCAAGCAGAGCCUGAAAUUAGUGUGUGUACACCUUUGAUGCCAAAUUUCGUAAAAACGAACGCUAAGCGGAAAGCAAAUGCUACAUCCCUCCGUAUAAUCGUCGCUUCCCCGUAGUUCAGUCCAAAGCAACGCAAAACUUUCUGCCACAAGCAGCUUUCUGUUUGGUGUAGCUUUCCUACUUAGAGAGCUUUCCCUGUCCCUGUGGCAGUGCCCGUGGGUAGAAGGUUUGCCCCUGCCUAGUAAUACGGUACAGCACAAUAUACUCGCCACGCCUAAACGCGUCCCCGUCGGUAUUUGCUUUUGAAAAGAAGUAUUAAACAUAAAUUUCUGGUAGUCCCGGUGGCUGUUGUUACGCUUUGUGUUUGGUUUUGUUUACACCCUUCACGUGUAUCUGUUAUUAGUUUCCGUGCCCUUGUUUGUUAUUAGUUGUUUGCUUAUUUUGUUUGUUUGUUUGGUUUUAGUUGAUUAGCUUGUUGUUUUGUUUUGCGUAGAUUUUUAGACACAUCACACACACACAUUUACGCUUUAUUUAUACAUCAUUCUUAUACACGCGUCCUGGUUGUUGGAACGGUUUAUGCUUUUGAAGAAGUAGCAAGGUUUAUGCUUUUAUUUCCUUCCUAAUUCGGGUCCGUUCUAGAGACUGGUUCAGUUCGCGGGCUGCAACACGUGAAGCACAAGUGGACGGUGGUGCUAUUAUUAUUUAAAAAGAAAAGAUAAAGUAUUUAACAGUAUUUUCUGUGAUUUUUUGUGAAGCGCUAAUUUUUACGCAAAACUGUAAGCACAACAAGAGAUUUAUUUAUCUAAUCCUGCAACAUCUGCACUACUCCCAACUCCUCAAGUGAUACGCACACGAGACAAGAAGUAAAGCACAGGGAGAUUACUUUUAUCGGUUAGGUUCGUCUGUGUGCACUCUUAGACGAUUGGUAGGGUUAGUUGAAAGAGUCAGCGUUUGAGAUCUGUGAAUGUGCGUCAUUAGUGCAGCGGAAGCUUUACUACUCACGUGGGCAGAUUGAAACAGGCAGAAGUAGUUGGGAAGGCUACACUUAGGCAGAUAGUAGCGCGCAUACUGCUGAUUGCUUGCUUGUGACUGACUUCUUCCGUCACGUGAUCUUGCUCCUGUGACACACGCUCUGUACGGCAGGACCAGCAGGUGUGCUUCGAAAGCACUCAUAUUGAUAUUGAAUGUCCUGGGAGCCCGGUCGGUGUUUAAAAUAGAACGGAAAGCUAAAAAAAACCCUUGCAACAAGUCAAACGAUGCACUAGUGUAAGGAGCGCGCGCGUAUGAAGUGUGGUUUGCACAGUUCUUUGCACACGGGAACGGUGAAACGCACCCAAAGUACCGUGAUCAUCCACGUACACUGAGCGUCCGGCAGCGGAAGAACAAGAACAAGAACGCCCCGAAAACUCGACCUUCGUCCUUCACAUCACCAAACCAUCAUCACCAUCAUCCAUCCUGUCGCGUGUUGUGUCCCACCUGCCGCCAUUCCUUCAUUUUCCUCCCGCCGCCCACCGCUAGUAUGACCCUCACGGUGUCGGAAACGGACAGCAGUAGUCUAAGGAACCCGGACAUGACCGAAACUCUACCAAGCUCUGAACUAUCCCUACUAGCCAAACUGGAGGCCGCCAACAAGCUGAUCGAGAGCGACUCGAAGAGUCUGAACUCGCUCCAGAGCUCGGCCCACAGCCGCAAAAGCUCCGACACGAGCCAGAUAAGCCUUAACUCGGGCGCCUCCUCGGUCGGGGAGGAGGAUGUGUGGUCGACCUGGGCCAGCAUCGUCACCGACUGGGAGGCGAGCCAGAAGCGCAAGGGCCCGACGGUGAAGGAGCUGGUGCGCAAGGGCAUACCGCACCACUUUCGGGCGAUUGUCUGGCAGCUGCUGUGCGGUGCGUCUGACGCAGACAAGAAGCAGUACGCCGAGUACAUCAAGGCGACCAGUGCGUGCGAGAAGGUGAUCCGGCGCGACAUUGCCCGCACCUACCCGGAGCAUGACUUCUUCAAGGAGAAGGACGGGCUCGGCCAGGAGGCACUGUUCAACGUGAUGAAGGCGUACUCGCUGCACGACCGGGAGGUUGGCUACUGUCAGGGGUCCGGUUUCAUCGUUGGGCUGCUGCUGAUGCAGAUGCCGGAAGAGGAAGCGUUUGCCGUGUUGGUGCAAAUUAUGCAGCAGUAUCGUAUGCGCGACAUGUUCAAACCCUCGAUGGCGGAGCUCGGCCUGUGCAUGUACCAGCUGGAGAACAUUGUGCAGGAGCAGAUACCGGAGCUGCACCUGCACUUCCAAUCGCAAAGCUUCCAAACGUCCAUGUACGCGUCGAGCUGGUUCCUGACCCUGUACACCACCGCGCUAAAUCUCACGCUCAGCUGCCGCAUCAUGGACGUGUUCCUGUCGGAGGGGAUGGAGUUUAUAUUCAAGGUCGCCAUUGCACUUCUUACCAUCGGCAAGGAUACGCUGCUCUCGUUAGAUAUGGAGGCAAUGCUUAAGUACUUCCAGAAGGAGCUUCCGCAAAAGGUGGAAAAUGAUGCGGACGGACUGUUUAAUCUGGCCUUCCAGGUGAAGAUCAAUACGAAAAGGAUGAAAAAGAUGGAGAAGGAAUAUGCCGACCUGCGCAAGAAGGAGCAGGAAGAGAUGGUGGAGCUGAGGCGACUGCGGAGUGAAAACCGUUUACUGAAGAAACGCAACGAACUACUCGAGGCUGAAAGUGCGGAGCUGGCCGAUCGGCUCGUUCGCGGACAGGUGUCACGCGCUGAGGAAGAAGAGACGAGCUAUGCGAUUCAGUCCGAGCUGUUGGCACUCAGGCGAGCACAUCUGGAAGUUUCGCACCAGCUGGAAAAUGCGAAUGAGGAGGUUCGGGCGCUUAGCUUGCGGUUGCAGGAAAAUAAUCCGGACAAUUCGCUCGAAUCCAACAAUUCCCGACAGAACUCGUUCGAUGAGCUGAUUAUGAAGGAGGAAGCACUGAAGCAACGGGACGAAAUGGUUUCAUGCCUGCUGGAAGAGCUGGUCAAGGUGCGACAGGGACUGGCCGAGAGUGAAGAUGUGAUCCGUAACCUAAAGACCAAGAUCCAAGAGCUGGAAGAGGACAAAAAGCGUUUGCGCGAAACGACCACGGACAACUCGGUGGCUCACCUGCAGGACGAGCUGAUUGCAAGCAAGCUGCGCGAAGCGGAAGCCAGCCUCUCGCUCAAGGAUCUCAAGCAGCGCGUCCAGGAGCUGAGCACCCAGUGGCAACGGCAGCUUUCCGAGCAGCGCAACGAUCCGGCCCAGAGCCAGGAUUCCGGCGCGAAGAAGCUGCUCUUCUGGGAGUCGGGCCGGUCGCAGGAUCUGCAAAAGCUGGAGGAGGAACUCAUGACCACCCGGAUACGGGAGAUGGAAACGCUGACCGAGCUGAAGGAGCUGCGGCUGAAGGUGAUGGAGCUGGAGACGCAGGUGCAGGUGUCGACCAACCAGCUGCGGCGACAGGACGAGGAGAGCAAGAAGGUGAAGGAGGAGCUCGAGGAGGCACUGGUCCGGGAGCGGGAGCUCGCCAACAAGGCGCGGGAGCAGCAGCACCGUUACUCCGAUCUUGAAUCUCGCAUGAAGGACGAGCUGAUGAAUGUGAAGAUUAAGUUUACCGAGCAGAGCCAAACGGUGGCGGAGUUGAAGCAGGAAAUUUCAAGACUGGAAACAAAGAACUCGGAAAUGCUUGCCGAGGGUGAGCUGCGCUCUAAUCUGGACGAAUCGGACCGCGUCCGAGAUCUGCAGGAUAAGGUCGCCGAGCUGAAAGCGGAGCUGACUGCCAUCAAAAGCCGUGGAACGACGUUGAACCUGCGGAAGAUCAAAAGUACCUCGAUACAAUCGAUCGAUUCGAACGAGAUUGACUUCGCCGAGAUACAGCUUUCCUCCAAAAUGAACAUUCCUGGACCACAGCCGGCGAGUUCUGGCUCGCCAUCGUGAAAGCGCUUGUGUGGUGUUCCUCGUAAACUCGACCUCCUUCGACAUUCGUGUAUGCUUCAUACCAUACCAACCGUGACUGUGAGCAACGGAUCAGUCCGUUCGAAUAGCAGCGUGUGGUGAGCGGCGAGCAAUGAUUGACUCUGAAUGCAAUAAUGCAUUUACGAGCGUUUGCUUUCCGCAGGAUUGAAACGAACUGUUAAGCUGUUGCAGAAUUUUCAUGCAAAUGUGAGGCGUCAAACGUAUAUGAUUAGUGUGUUGUGGCUGGUGAACGAGUAUAGGACUGCUAGAAAAGGUCUAAAAGCCAGUAUGUACUGAGCGCAAAAGGCUAAUCGAGACACUAAGAGAAGCAUGCGCGUAGAAGAAGGGCACGCAGGAAGGUUCAGGUUAGUUUUGUGCAUGUGCUGUGACACAUUGCCGAUUGUCCUAAUAGUACGAUAAGUUACGAUUAAGACCGUGUGUUCGGGUCAUUUUGCUUGAGGACCCCACCAUAGGUGUGGGCGAAAGGAACUUUCGCUUCGAUUCUUCACUUUUCGUUGGUUAACCCUCAAUGUUUUAAUCCAAAUUUUGGAACGAACAUUUCCAUUUUCAACCACACACACACAGUCUCUGCUCUAGUUUACAGACAUUGUGAAUGUCAAUGAGAUUUUGUUUCUAUAUUUACAUAUUAAUUUUUAUUUUCCCCUUUUUUCCACUCCGUUUACUACCGACUGCAGCACAAACUUGUCAGUAUUGUGUGUUAUAUUACGUUCUAAACUGUAUCCGUGCAAUUAGUUGUGUAUUUAUUAUUGCUUACUUAAAAACAAUCACUGUUUCUGUUCGCUUGUGUUUGUGUGUGAGAGAGAGAUAGAGUUUUAUGCUUUUUGGUUUCUAAAAUCCGAGCUCACACUAUGCCACAGACGAAAGAAACUGCAAGGAGAGCUAAAAAAAAGCUUAUGUAAAAAAUGUUUUACGUUUUAAGUUCUAUAGAGAGUGUGUAUUUCUGUUACAGUUUUUGUACAUGUGUUAAGCUUUACUUACGUUCGGUUCAGUAUGUUUACGUUUACAGCUGUGCAAGUUCGUGCAAACAGCCCGUGCGUACGUCCGCUUGUGCAGCAAGCAAUGCCUAUUAUCGUUUAUAUUGCGUGUGGUAAGAAAGUGUGUCAUUAUCGACACUUUCCUUAUAUACAUAUAUACAUAAUUAUGUAUUAGUUAAUGUUGCGCUUUCUUUAUUCUUGUAUUGAAUUAAAACAAAUGGUUUUAUUUUGCUUUCACACUGCAACCUUCCUCCGUGCAAUAAACCCAAAAAAACAGACCGUUCCUUUAACAGUGUUGAACCGAAUGUCGCGUCAAAACGUGGUAAGGGCGCGAGUGCAAAACCUGUCACGAUGUGUCGAUGCAAAUGUGGUACGGGUUAGUUUGUAUUUUUUGUUUUGUUUAUCUUCUAUUUCAUCUUUGAGAGUUUUCCAACAGUGGCACACCCGCGACGCAGAAGACAUUCACACCGGCGGGGGUGUCACUCUGUUUAGUGAUAGUAGUUUAUAGUUGAAAUAAGUAUGCGAUUGUGUGAAAUGAAGAAUAUUGAAUUGAAAUUACUUAAACAACACAGUUAAGUGGUGGGGCUGGGCGAUGUGAUGAACACAGAGAGACAGAACACAGGUAAAAAGGGUGCCAAACACAGGAAACAUAUUAACAUGGAAGUGCAUAGGGAGAAUGAAGCAUACGAAAUCAAUAACAGGAAGCAAAUCAUCGAUGAACGAACAACAAAACAGUAGCCAAGCUUAAGCCCGGUUAAGUAAAGCAGCAUCUUUAGCGAGGUCGUAGCCUGCAAUUUAUUUUGUUGGCCAAGUUCUUGGGUAUGAUAUGGGACAGUACUCUGCUAUCAGGCUUUACGUUGAGACACAGUUUGUUGCAUUUUCUCUCACUACUACUGCGGCCUGGGGAAAGUGAAGUAUAGCCGGCCCGUCACGCCCCCCCCCCCCCAUAAACUCGGGAAGAAAACUAACACAUUCGACUUUCUGCGAUAUUUAAUAAUUAGCUCCCCCUAAUCUAAGCAUAACGAAAUAAUACUGCAUUAGCAAACAAACAAACAAAAAAAGGUAUCUUAUCUCACAGAGUAGUGUUUGUGACCCUUUACUUGUCGCUCAUACUCUUCUCUCUUGCAUUGAUAUUCCAACGUUCUCCUAGCGUUCCGUAAUCUAUGUUGUGAGAGACAAAAAAAAAAACGAACGUAAAAACACACAGGUUUAGCAGUACUUAAACGGUUUAACUAAAUUUCGUGGCAUAAAAUUAGCCUAACAUACUUGCGACGACACGACGCUAACUUACACUACUUCACCAACGUUGUAGAAUUCAAUCGAAAUUUGAUCGUUUCUGUUUGUUCGAGAACGUUUUGGCACUUCCGUAAGCGGAUUUUCGGGAUCGGUAAUCUUUGGAGCAAGCAAAACCAGAAAGCCAGAGACAGACGAAAUUUUACGAAAACACGAACACAAAUGCGCACACCCUGUAAGCGUGAAAGAGGAAGGAAGAGAUGAUUUGCGCAACAGCAAGCACAGAGGGACACAAUUUGUGGAAUAUAUCAAUUUUAUACCAUUUAAAAACCAACCCUGCACACACAUACACCACCACUAUCACACACACACAUCCCCUCAUCUCAUACAUACAUCAUAUGUAAUCAGUGUGCGAAGUGAAGGACAGCAGCACAAAAGCGAAGCGGGAAGAAGCGUUUCCAAAUGCGCAAGCAUUUGGCACAGAAGAAAGCAGAGAAAGUUGCCAAAAAGUGUGAGACGAGUGAGGAGGGAAGAAAGCAUAGCGAGGGGACGGCAAAUCAAACAUGGCAAAUUGAUUGCAAACUGAUAUAUGAUUGAAUUUACUUCCCGCGAAACCCGUAGCAGCAGUGAAAGAUCACACAAAUCAUCCUCCUCUACCCCGUAUAUAUAUACAUAGUUCAUACCUUUCUGCAGUGGUAAUCGAAACACGUGUGUUAAACGAAUAGGACAAUGUAAAAUGAUACAAUACAAUAAAGUGAAGCAUAAAAAGAGA